AUGAACGUGUGGGCCAUCGCCCGUGACCCGGCCUCAUGGGGCCCCGACCCAUUGGAGUUCAGGCCGGUCCGCUUCCUCCCGGGCGGAUUGCAUGAGAGCGCGGAUGUGAAGGGGGGCGACUAUGAGCUCAUCCCGUUUGGGGCGGGUCGGAGGAUAUGCGCAGGCCUCGGCUGGGGCCUUCGGAUGGUGACACUCAUGACUGCCACGCUGGUGCACGCAUUCGACUGGUCCUUGGUUGAUGGAACGACGCCCGAAAAACUCAACAUGGAGGAGGCCUAUGGUCAGACCCUGCAAAGGGCCGUGCCUCUAGUGGUUCAGCCUGUGCCUAGGUUGUUGUCGUCGGCGUACACAGUGUGA